UGCACACUGACGAGCCUGGACGGGGCGAGGCGGCGAUCCAAGUGUGGCCCUCAUCCAUUAUCGCUAUGGGAAUUACCACAGCGUUCUUUCUGAACCAAGCCCUCAUCCCGUACUAUCUGAAACCGGUCCACCUGGAGACACAGACUAUAAAACACUGCAGUUGAGACUGACGCUGCAUCACAGCCGGGCUCAGCUUCUCUCCUCCGGUAGAGCUGAGGAGGAGGAUGAUGACGAUGAGAAACAUCUAGAGAUGAGAAGUGUUUCUCCAGCAGACAACUUGGACAAGGACGUCCGCGUGAUCCUCUUCACCUGUACUUUCUAAAUCAGGACGAUGCCUGCCACGUGUGUGUCCGCAGUGCUCUUAUAUACAGUGGUGGUCGACAUCUCAGCCCGGGUUUUGACCACUAUCAGCCCAGCUGACCAGCUCGUGCUGUCUCCCCGCCAAUAUCAACACACCGACCCCGACUCGGGCACCCAGCUGGCCUGCGACAAGUGCCCGGCAGGCACCUACGUGUCCGUCCACUGCUCCAGCGAUACUGUGAGGGAGUGCAGCCCUUGUCCUGAAGGCACCUUCACACGGGGAGAGAACGGGGUCCAGCAAUGCCAUCGCUGUCGGGCUCCGUGUCCUGCAGGGCUUAUUGAGAAAGCGCCCUGCACAGCCACCCAGGACCGCAUCUGCACUUGUCCACCCAACAGCUUCCUGUCGGUGGAUGGUGGCACAGAGUGCAAGCCCUACUCGCUGUGCCCUCCGGGGACCAGGGUGAAGAAGCGGGGCAGUGAGACAGAGGAUGUGCUCUGUAAGCCGUGCAACAAGGGGACUUUUUCAGACGUGGAGUCGAGCGCGCUGAAGUGCCGAACCCACACGGACUGCCAGAGCCAGGGGCUGGUGCUGCUCACAUCAGGGACUAAAGAGACAGAUAAUGUCUGUGGACCGCCUCCUGCAGCUCUGUCUUCAUCUUCAUCUGCCUCCACAACCACCACGCUGGUACCUGCACAGGCUUUGCUUGCACACAAAGCCCUGACUUCUUCAUCUUCUCUAUUAUCCUCACUGACUGGACCUGCACAGAAAGGCGCCUACAGCCAGUCGGCAGCCAUCCAACUGAAGGGAAGCCCGGGUGGGGAAGACCACCGUGCAGAGGGGCCGCUCUUCAGCCAACCUGACACUCCCACCCCGCCCAAACGUGAUCCCCCAAGGACUCCACCGCCCCCGGCUCGCAAGCAACCGAUGGGUCGCGAGCAACAGCGGGGGCAACCCAAUUCGGACCCUGUGCUUGGGCCCAACAGGCGGGCAACUGAGGGUCUGGAGGGUGCAGAGGGAGUCAGAGGUGGGACGGGUAUCAGCAAGGUAGCUGAGCAAGGGAGCGAAGGUGGCAGAGGUGGGGUUUCCAGUUUCUACAGGCCCACUCGCAGGGGGUCCCCGAGGCCGAGCACCCAUAAUCACUUUGACAUCAACGAGCACCUGCCCUGGAUGAUCGUGCUGCUGCUGCUGCUGGUUUUGGUGGUGAUCGUGGUGUGCAGCGUGAAGCGGAGCUCCCGGGUGCUGAAGAAGGGCCCGAUGCAGGAUCCCAGCAGCAUCAUGGAGAAGGCGAUCCAGAAGAAACCGUCAGCCCCUCCAACGCAGGUCAAGGAGAAGUGGAUCUACUACUCCAACGGACAGGGGGUGGAUAUCCUGAAGCUGGUGGCGGCCCACGUGGGCACCCAGUGGAUCGACAUCUAUCAGUCGCUGGCCAACGCCACGGAGCGCGAGGUGGCAGCCUUCUCCAACGGCUACUCGUCGGAUCACGAGCGGGCGUACGCGGCGCUGCAGCACUGGACCAUCCGGGACAGCGACGCCAACCUGGCCAAGCUGAUCAACGCCCUGCACCGGCAGCGGCGCAUCGACGUGGUGGAGAAGAUCCGCUGCGUCAUGGAGGACAACCCACAGUUUGACAUCAACCAGCUGAUGACCUCAGUGAAUGUAAGCCAAAGCCUCAGUCCCAUCCACAAGGCGCUGGACUCUCCCAGCAGCGUCGGCGGCGGCAGCAACAGUGGCAGCAGCAGCGGUGGUAGCGUGGGCGGGGCCAGUGGGGUCGGCGUGGAGCAGUCGCCGGUUGACCGCACCAAAGGCUUCUUCCCCGACGAGUCGGAGCCUCUGCUUCGCUGUGACUCCACCUCCAGCAAAGACUCCGCCCUCAGCAGGAACGGCUCCUUCAUUACCAAAGAGAAAAAAGACACUGUGCUCCGGCAGGUGCGUCUGGACCCGUGCGACCUGCAGCCCAUCUUCGACGACAUGCUGCACAUCCUGAACCCAGAAGAGCUGCACGUUAUCGAGGAGAUCCCGGCCGCCGAGGACAAGCUGGAUCGGCUUUUUGAGAUUGCGGGAGUCAAGAGUCAGGAGGCAAGCCAGACGCUGCUGGACUCGGUCUACAGCCACCUCCCGGACCUGUUGUAAACCGGUGGAGAGAGGAGCAAGAAACCACACAGACGAGAAUCAGCACAGGAUUUAACAAGGAAUGUCUAAGCAGGAGGGAUGAGUCAGAUCUGGUUUUGUUCUCAUUGAGCUUGGGUUGAUAUUUGAUCUGAUGGCGUCUGACUCACCGUGUCGUUUUCUCACAAUCUUACCUGGGUGUUAUAGAUAAGGUGCCGACUCCCUUCAAUGACUCUUUCAAAUCUUUACUGGUACUUUACUCCUAUUUACCUUCCAGUCUCCUUCCUCUGUCGUCUUGUGUGUGCACACUAUUACUCCUCCAAAUGACCUCCAUCCUCUGACAUGAUACAGGGUCAACAAUCAAUGUAAUGAGAGCAUUUUGAGUGUCACGAUGAUGUGUACUUUUUUCACUUUUCUUAAGUAUGUUCAGCCUUGUUUAAGGCGGUGUUACGCAAGUAUCGUGACCUUAACAAUGAGGCUUAACAGGCUUCAAACUUAAAAAGGCUGGGUUGAAAAGGAGCCGAACAUGUAUGAAAAAAAAACAUAAAAAGCACUUUCUUUAUCCUAACUGGCCAAUGCCUUCGCGUUUAAAGGAUAAUACCGUUGUUUUUUGUUGGUUGUGCCAAUCAUCCAGGCUUCUCUUGCCUUUAACGUGAUUUCAGUGUUAAAAAGUGAUACUCAAAAUAACAUGGUAGUGAUUGCAAGAAAGGAAAAUACACACAGACAAUAGUAAAUAAGCUAUAACUCUACAUGACACUGGUAUUAAGGGGUUUAAGGUUCUUGUAAACCAUAAAUUCAAAGAUAUUUUAGGUGUGAACUGACCCAUAAAUCACAAAUCACGUGCCUGAACUUGUUAAAUGUCCCUUUUCUCACGUCUUUUUUUUUUUUACUUCCACCCCCUCCAGCUGUAAGUACUACAGAUGAUCUGUGGGUCUUUUAGCUUGCAACCACUCUGCCAGACCAGCAGGUGGCAGCAUUAGAUGAGAGAGCAGACCUGCUGCUCUGGAAACCAAGCCAUAUAUCAAAAACAUUGGAAUAGAUGUCAAAAUCAUCCAGUAUUACAGCACAGAAGUAAUAUUAACCUUAUUUAAUGUUAUGAUAUAUGGCUUUGCCUUGAACUGUUUGCUACAAAACAAACAUAUAAGUGAACAGGAAUGGUACAGUGUUUGCUGCCCCAGCCUGCCUCUACACAACCAAAGCCAUGUAUCUAAAACAGUUUAGAUAUGUCGCUUUGGCAGCUCCGUCACUGUCGGACUAGCUUUCCCCCGUAUGCCUCAACAAAUGUAGCGUCGACAAAGUGUUCUUGAUCCAUUUUGGAGCUUGGUGUCGGUGAAGUUUUUUCGAUCAGACGCGAGUGUCUGAGCGUUUCAGUGCUAGAGAAAAUAAAGAGAUAAUAGAACACAAGUGAUUUAUUUCAUGCUGUUGUAUGUUGCUACAUGCUCUAAUAUUAAAAUGUAAUAAUGAUGCACUAAAUCAAUUUUCUAUCGGAGAGGCAGACAUGUAUUUUCUGUGUCCUUCACUUUCUCUUUCUUUUAUUCUGAAAUGCUGUUAAUUAACAUUUGAUUCUGUGGUUAUGUUUUUCUUCAUUUAGUUUGAUUUAUCAUGUUAUUGUAGCACCUCUUCGUUAGCAUUUCGACUUAUUUGUAUCUCAUGUUUUUACGGGCAUUCAGAUGUAAUCACCCCCAGCUUGGCAUUGCAAGAUGACCGGGCUGGGAUGUAAGAUAUGCAUACUCCAUACUCUACUUGAAGUCUACUUGUGUUACUUGAUUUAAAUGAGGAAGAAAUAAUGUACUCUUUCAGUUCCUUCCAUGUUCCACAUUCUUAAAAUAACAACAAGACUGAGAAGCUCCACCAAAAAAUGAAAAAAAAGGAACAAAAAAAAAAAAAACUCAUGAAGGUUUGAAGAUGUUUUUGCAGGCGCCAUGAGAGCAGCAAACGAUGGACUCUGUUUUCACCAAGCCAGUUACUAACAAAGCUACUGUGGUGCUAGACGUGAACUCUCACCGGUUAGCCUGACAACAGGGGCGACUUGACCCCCGGACUAAUGACUAUUUAAAGUAUUCCAGACUGAAUGAAGAGGAGUGGAGGCUGCGCUGCUGUGGACGAUGAUGAUGGUGAUGAUGAUGAUGAUAAUGAUGAUGAUGAUGAUGAUGAUGAGGAUGUGUGAGCUUGCUCUCCACUGCGCUGUGGAGACUCAAACGGCAGGGUGUGAGCUUUUUGUUUUCUAAGGGAAGCCUGAAAGGAUGACGGUGAGAUGUGAAAUGCAAAUGUGGCUCGAGUGGAUGAUUUCAUCAAAUUUCACACGUAUAACCAGUAUGUUUACUACUAUGUAACCUCUUAAA